AUGCGUGAGAUCGUUCAUCUUCAAACUGGCCAGUGUGGCAACCAAAUCGGUGCUGCGUUCUGGCAGACUAUCUCCGGAGAGCACGGCCUUGACGGCUCCGGUGUUUACAAUGGCUCCUCAGACCUCCAGCUGGAGCGCAUGAACGUCUACUUCAACGAGGCUUCCGGAGGCAAGUAUGUUCCUCGUGCUGUUCUGGUCGACCUGGAGCCCGGCACCAUGGACGCUGUCCGUGCCGGUCCCUUCGGCCAGCUUUUCCGUCCCGACAACUUCGUUUUCGGCCAGUCUGGCGCUGGUAACAACUGGGCCAAGGGUCACUACACAGAGGGUGCCGAACUAGUUGACCAGGUUGUCGAUGUUGUUCGCCGUGAAGCUGAGGCUUGCGACUGCCUCCAGGGUUUCCAGAUCACCCACUCUCUCGGUGGUGGUACUGGUGCCGGUAUGGGUACCCUCCUGAUCUCCAAGAUCCGUGAGGAGUUCCCUGACCGCAUGAUGGCCACCUUCUCCGUCGUCCCCUCCCCCAAGGUCUCCGACACCGUUGUUGAGCCUUACAACGCCACCCUGUCCGUUCACCAGCUUGUUGAGCACUCCGACGAGACCUUCUGUAUCGACAAUGAGGCUCUGUAUGACAUCUGCAUGCGUACCCUCAAGCUCUCCAACCCGUCCUACGGUGAUCUGAACCACCUGGUCUCUGCCGUCAUGUCCGGUGUGACCACCUGCCUUCGUUUCCCCGGUCAGCUCAACUCCGAUCUCCGCAAAUUGGCCGUCAAUAUGGUUCCCUUCCCUCGUCUCCACUUCUUCAUGGUCGGCUUUGCUCCUCUGACGAGCCGUGGCGCUCACUCUUUCCGUGCUGUCACCGUUCCCGAGUUGACCCAGCAGAUGUUCGACCCCAAGAACAUGAUGGCUGCUUCUGACUUCCGUAACGGACGCUAUCUCACUUGCUCCGCUAUCUUCCGCGGUAAGGUCUCCAUGAAGGAGGUCGAGGACCAGAUGCGCAACAUCCAGAGCAAGAACCAGAGCUACUUCGUCGAGUGGAUCCCGAACAACAUCCAGACCGCUCUGUGCUCCAUUCCUCCCCGUGGUCUCAAGAUGUCCUCCACCUUUAUCGGAAACUCCACCUCCAUCCAGGAGCUUUUCAAGCGUGUCGGCGACCAGUUCACUGCCAUGUUCCGCCGCAAGGCUUUCUUGCAUUGGUACACUGGUGAGGGUAUGGACGAGAUGGAGUUCACUGAGGCUGAGAGCAAUAUGAACGAUCUGGUUUCCGAGUACCAGCAGUACCAGGAAGCGUCCAUCUCCGAGGGUGAAGAGGAAUACCUCGAGGAGGAGCCCCUUGACCAGGAAGAGUAA